GUUCAAAUUUUCGAAAAAAAAAUAACAACUUGGAAAACUUUUAUGCCUAUUGUGAAACAGAAACUCCAAAUAAUACACAACAUCGUUUGUAAAAAUAUUUGCACGAUGUCUCAAGAAGCGACAGUAGUCCAUUGGUUCAGAUUAGACUUACGGUUACACGACAAUCUUGCACUUCGUAAUGCUAUUAAUGAAGCUGAAAAUCGGAAACAAAAGCUGAGACCUGUCUAUGUAAUUGAUCCUGAAAUUAAAAGUAGAGCUGGGGAAAAUCGAAUACGCUUCCUGAUUCAAAGCUUACAGAACCUGGAUCAAAAUCUCCGUAAAAUCAACACUCGGUUGUAUGUUGUUAAAUCUAAUAACAUUGAUUGUCUUACUACCCUCUUUGAAAAAUGGAAUGUUAGAUUUGUAACCAUGCAAGUCGAUAUCGACCAAGAUGUCAGAAAACAGGAAGAAAUUGUCGAGGAUUAUUGUAACGAGAAGGAUAUAUUCAUUGUCAAAAGAGUCCAACACACAGUUUAUGAUUUCAACAGUGUUCUCAAGAAAAAUAAUGGUAGCAUACCAAUGACUUAUCAAAAGUUUCUGUCUCUAGUAAAUGAUAUUCAAGUCAAAGAAGUCAUACAUAUAACUAAACAAGUACCCAAUGAAUGCAAAGCUCCAGACUUUGACAGUGAAGAUUUCAGUAUACCAACUUUGUGUGAGUUGGGUAUAGAGGAGUCCACCCUUACUGAAUGCAAAUACCCUGGUGGAGAAACAGAAGGUCUUAAGCGCUUGGACACAUACAUGGCAAAGAAACAGUGGGUCUGCAGUUUUGAAAAACCCAACUCAUCACCUAACAGUAUAGAACCCAGCACAACAGUAUUAAGUCCAUAUAUCAGUCAUGGAUGUUUGUCAGCUAAGCUCUUCUAUCACAAGUUAAAGGAGGUUGAAAGUGGAAUGAAACAUACCAUGCCCCCUGUAUCAUUGAUGGGCCAGCUCAUGUGGAGAGAGUUUUACUACACAGCUGGUGCCGGGACCAAGAAUUUUGAUAAAAUGGUUGGCAAUGCAGUGUGUACCCAAAUACCUUGGGGGAAAAAUGAAGCACAUCUCAAAGCUUGGGCCGGAGGUAAAACAGGCUAUCCAUUUGUGGAUGCCAUAAUGCGGCAGCUCAAACAGGAAGGUUGGAUACACCAUCUGGCGAGGCAUAUGGUGGCAUGCUUUUUAACAAGAGGUGAUUUAUGGGUGUCCUGGGAGGAAGGCGCAAAAGUUUUUGAGUACCUGCUGCUAGAUUACGACUGGUCUUUGAAUGCUGGUAACUGGAUGUGGCUGUCUGCAUCUGCAUUCUUCUAUAAGUACUUUAGAGUGUACAGCCCUGUUGCAUUUGGUAAGAAAACAGACAAAACAGGUCUGUACAUAAGAAAAUAUGUUCCAGAGCUGAAGAAGUAUCCCACUGAAUUUAUUUAUGAACCAUGGAAGGCACCGAAAUCAGUACAAAGAACUGCUGGCUGUAUAAUCGGUGAAGGCUAUCCAAAUAGAAUUGUUGAUCAUGAUACUAUACACAAAGAGAAUCUCCAGAAAAUGUCACUAGCUUAUAAGAGUAACAAAGAAAAAAAAGCUUUAAAAAGGCCUCGAACAAGUGUAGUAUAAAUAUUGUUUAGUAUGUAUAUUAUAUGAGAUGAUUGUAUGAGACGACCUC